AUGGCGACGAGAGGUACGAAGGGUACCUCGUCAUUCGGUAAGCGACGGAAUAAGACACACACCUUGUGUCGUCGAUGUGGGUCCAAGGCAUACCAUUUGCAGAAAUCUACCUGUGGGAAAUGUGGUUACCCUGCUAAGCGUAAGAGAAAGUAUAACUGGAGUGCAAAGGCUAAAAGACGCAACACCACUGGUACUGGUCGCAUGAGGCACCUGAAAAAGGUCUACCGUCGAUUCAGGAAUGGAUUCCGUGAGGGAACCACACCGAAGCCCAAGAGAGCAGCUGUUGCAGCCUCCAGUUCAUCGUAAAGACUCAUCUACUUGUUAAAAUAAAUGGUCUUAUUCAGAAAAU